AUGGCAUCCGUUGUGGACUUCUCUGGCACGAAGCCGAAUUGCUCUACGCACCUUACCCUCUAUGCAGAGUGCGAUGAGACCAAACGUCGCCUCUAUUUUAGGGCUGUUCACAUGGUGAAAUUCGUCGUUGAGGAGUCUGUCGAAGUAUUCGCUCCAUCUACGCCUGACCUCAACAGGCUUCCUCAGGAUCCCACCUUUGUUAUUGAUGGACCUCGCUACCCCGAUGGCCUGAGUAGCCUGGUGCCGUGCUUCAGUCAAGCAGAAGGCGGACUUCUUUUCUCAUAG